ACAAAGAAGCAGAAGAAUAAGGAGGAGGAGGUCUUGGAUCGAGACCAUGGAUUUGAAACGUCCUAGAAGGCUAAAUUUAAAUGCACCACUUCUAUCAACGAGGCGUCUUGGUAAUUCACUUGUUGCUGAUACAUCAUGCUCAUCAAAUUCAGUAGGGGGUAUCCAAAAUACAAGUGAAAGAGUCCCAUUUUCAUGGGAGAAAGCACCAGGCAAGCCAAAAGAUAUCGAGAGCCGUGAUGACACCCACGACGGUGGCACGCCGCGACUAAGACUACCACCAUGCCAUUGGUUUCCUCCAAAAAAGGCAGCUGCGGCUGAUGUAGAUAAUGGUAGCAGUGACGAAGAUGACAACAAGGAUGAUGUUUUUUCAGAUGCUAUGGAUGUUUUUUCUCUAUCAGAGGCUUUAGAUAUUGUCCAAAGGAAAUCAGAGACUGCUCACAGUGACAACAAUGAUGGGUUGAGAUUAAAGCUGCAAGAGUCUAAUGGAUACCAAUCUCCAACUUAUAUGAUCAAUCGCUUUCUUCCUGAUGCCACUGCUUUGGCUGCAUCUUCUACUUUGCAUUUUCCAAGUAAUUUUGAAGAGAGAGUUUGUGAUACUUGGAGUUAUCCAGAGUGUUAUCCUUCAGGGUCAGCUAGGCAUUCAUAUGCUUCUUCUCCAAAGGGUUGUGGCUUGGAACUUCUCUUCCCUUGGAGGAUGAAGCAUAAGCUUUGUACCAUGGAGAGUCCUGUCUUGCCUUGCUCCACUAAUGUGCAAAAGCAUCCGCGCAACUCAAAACAGAAGAAACAUCAUCGUUCAUCGGCCUACAUUCCUUGUACAAACGUGAAAGAUGUUUGA